GGAGAAAGGUCCAAAUUUCCCAAACCCCCAGCAUGAUCCUCCUCUUUCUUUCAGUUUCAUAGACAGAGAUAGAUGUCUCCUCUUUCUCUCUCACUCACCACUUCCAAUUUCUCCUCGAAUUUGAAAACGACUGCUCCCCCAAAAUCUCCCCUCUGCUAACUGCUUACUCAUACUUCAAUUUUUUAGUUUCUUUUCUCAAGAAUCUUCAAGAUGAGGCAACCCAACGGGGAGAGCAUCAAAUCCCAUUUCAAGAAAUCCAUAAUCAUGGCCAGCCCCAGAUGCUGCCCUCAUCUAGCUUCGAUCCGGCGUCGUCCCACGAUGAUUUUCUGGAGCAAAUGCUCUCCUCCGUGCCUUCUUCCGCCGCCUCCUCCUUCCCCUGGGCCGACGACCAGGGGGCGACGGGUAUGGUGGGAAACUUGGAGGAGCCGUCAGCGGCGGUGUUGGCUUCGAAGAUGAGGCAGCAACAGAUCAGCAAUGGUGCCGCCAAGGCUUUGCUGCUUCAACAGCAGUUGUUGCUCUCCAGAGGCCUCGCCGCGGCCGCCAAUGGGCAGAUGCCUCAUGCUGACCACAACGACGUCGUCGAUGCUCCCUCCUUCAAUUCUGCUAAUCUGGCUAACGAUGCAUCAGUUAAAGCUCUCUUCAGUGGUUUCUCCGGAUCCCUUGGUCAAACUUCAAAUCAUGCUCAGCAUUUCCACAACCCUCAGGGAGGAGGAGCACUGCCGCAGACCCAGAAUUUUGGAGCCCCGGCGACUCCAGCGAUGAGUCAGCCGGCGGCGAGCGGUUCUAGCGGUGGAGGGGCGGCGGGACAGCCGAGGCAAAGAGUGAGAGCGAGAAGAGGACAGGCUACUGACCCUCACAGCAUCGCUGAAAGAUUACGGAGAGAGAGAAUUGCGGAGAGAAUGAAGGCUUUACAGGAGCUUGUACCCAAUGCUAAUAAGACAGACAAGGCCUCAAUGCUGGAUGAGAUCAUCGACUAUGUCAAGUUCCUCCAGCUCCAAGUCAAAGUUCUGAGUAUGAGCAGAUUAGGGGGUGCUGCAGCUGUUGCUCCUUUAGUUGCUGAUAAGUCCACUGAGGGAAGGAGCGGUAACGGCAUGCAAACAGCAUCAUCAUCAAACGAGGGAAUGACAGUGGCGGAGCAGCAGGUGGCUAAGCUGAUGGAGGAGGACAUGGGCUCCGCCAUGCAGUAUCUUCAAGGAAAGGGCCUUUGCCUCAUGCCCAUUUCUCUGGCCACCGCCAUCUCCACCGCCACAUCCCACUCCAGGAACCCCUUGGCGUCCUCCAACAACCCACUCCUAAACGGUGAGCCUGGUGGCCCCUCCUCGCCUAGCAUGUCGGCUUUGACUGUGCAGUCUGCCACGAUUGGCGGUGCCAGUGGUGGAGAAGUCUCCCUUAAAGACCCCACAGCCGCUUCCAAGAAGGAGUGAUCCUAACUGGUUCUUUACCACAUCUUGUAGGAAGAGAAGUGACCAUCAAGUCUGUUGACAAAACAAUAAAGGCCUUCAUUCUUUUAGGUUUCUUGUUAUAUCAUCAUGCUUGUAAAUGAGAGCUUUAACUGAAGCUAACAACUGUGAGAAUCCCAAUGGGCUUUGGGUUUUCUAUGGUGGAUCCGUUCCGCAAUUUUAGUUUUACUUUUCACAUUGGAUCGCAUCAUAUCAUAGUCGAUUCAAAUAUUCAAUGAUUGUGAUUGAAUCAAAAGAACGAAUAACAGAACAGUGAGUUCUUGCA